GGCUGUGUCUGUUGGUGUCUGUCUCCAUCUCCCCCAUAGGCUGAGCAUGGCCGAGGGCGGCUCCGGUGAUGGCGGCUCCGGUGAUGGAGGCUCCGGUGAUGGGGGCUCCGGUCCCGGUCUGCGCCCGGGGCUGCCGCGGGGGCUGCUGGGCCGGAGGUGUGGGGCAGCCCCCAUAGGCCCCGGGCGCCUGCCCUCGAUCCGCUCCCGAGACCUCACCCUGGGGGGGGUCAAGAAGAAAACCUUCACCCCCAACAUCAUCAGCAGGAAGAUCAAGGAGGAGCCCAGGGAGCAGAGCUCGGCCCGGAAGGAGCGGAAGGAGCGGGAGCGGCAGCGGGAGGGGCAGGGUCGGGGCCGCAGCCGCCCCCAGGUCAUCCAGUCUCACUCCAUCUUCGAGCAGGGACCGGCCGAGAUGCUGAGGAAGAAGGGCUCCUGGGACACGGCCGUGGAUGUGUCUGACUUUGGUCCUUCCCAUAUCAUCAACAUCAAGAAGGAGAAGCAGGAGACGGACGAGGAGACAAAACAGAUCCUGAGGAUGCUGCAGAAGGAUGAUUUCCUGGAUGACCCAGGGCUCAGGAACGACCUCCGGAACCUGCCGGUGCAGCUGCCGCUGGCGCACUCGGGAUGGCUGUUCCAGGAGGAGGGGGGAGCGCGGGGGGAGGAAGAGCCGCGGGGGGAGGAGAUGGAGCCGGAGCCACCGGCGGUGACGGUGAAGCAGGAGCCGUGCGAUGAGGCCCCCGCGCCCCACAGAGCUCCCCCCGCGCCCCACAGAGCCCCCCCCAGCGCCCCCCAGGACCUGGAGGUGUCAGCUCUGCUGCGGCACCUGCAGCUGUCGGCGCAGGAGGAGCUGCUGUUCCUGCAGCUACCGGAUACUCUGCCCGGGCUGCCCCAUGGCCGAGACACCAAACCCACACACGGCGAGGACAGGAGCCAGGAUCAGCAGCAGGCAGAGAACACCUGCACCCUGAGUGACCUCCCCGAGGGCCGUGUGGGGAAGCUGCUGCUGCGGCAGUCGGGGAAGGUGCAGCUGGUGCUGGGCAGGGUCACCCUGGACGUGACCAUGGGCACCCCCUGCUCCUUCCUGCAGGAGCUGGUGUCCGUGGGCACUGGUGACGGCCGCACUGGGGAGCUCAUGGUCCUGGGUCACGUGCGGCACAAACUCGUCUGCUCCCCGGACUUCGAGGCUCUGCUGGAGCACAGGCACCGGUAGCACCGGGGGAGCUGGGGGGGCCAUGGGGCUGGGCCUGCCCCAUUGGAGCCACUGCAGCCCCAGCCCCGGCCCCAGGGUCAGGACCCCUCUGUGCCCCUGCCCAGCUCCGGUGUACAAUAAACCCCUGGUGGUGCCAUGGG